AUGGAUACAAGUCGGAAGCACACUAUUAAUCAACGUUAUUUAUUCGGUAUCAGUGAUGAACCAAAACAAUUAUUAGAACCUAUAUCAGGAACAUUUCUUGAAGUUAAAUCUCAAUUGAAUCCAGCACCUGAUUUACAUGUUAUUCAUUUACAACAAAAAAUACCACCACAUGUACUUCUUGAACCACCCUUUGAAAGUAUAUCUUAA